AACUACUUCCAAAACAUGGAAAAGCAGAAGAAUUCAUCAUCACCCGAAUCGAGUAAUUAUAAAGGGCUGGCUAUAAGGUGCGCACCUGACCAUCGAGAUUUUACAAUCCUGUCGAAAGAGGAAAUGGAGAUCCGUAUGGAGUUAGAGAGAGAGAUAGAAAAUGAUUUGCAACAAGAGAUUGAGAACGGAAUGCAUAAUCUUGCUUUGAGAUUACACCAGCUAUACAAACAUCGAAGGGAAAGAAACGUAACAUCGUUUGAAGGAUCGAAGAUCAAGAUUGCUAUGUUUUCGAAUUCCGGAAUGAGUUUAAGAAUCAAUCUGGAAGAGGAGCCUACAGUUAAUGGAAAAGAGGUCAAGAACAGAAAUCUUGACAAGGUACCUCGGUCUGGAAAACACUGUAAGGACGAAAAAAGUAAACAACUUCAUAAUCGUGAUAUGAGGAAUUUUGAUCGGGUUAACACUCUCCGAUUAUCACCCUCGAAAGCUAGGAAUGAUUUUGUUUCCUCUCCGAGUACUGUGAAAAAUGUAAGCAAGGAGAGGAAAAAAAUACAAUGAUAAGUAAUAUAUAUGCAUGGGUGGGGGAAGGAGCUACAAAAUAUCAAAAACAACUAUAUGGAUAAGACCGGUUUAUUUUGAGUGACACCAUGGUAAUUCACUGUGGUAUUUAUUUUUCCUUCUUUCCUGUUUUAAUUUUUCUUAAAAUUUAAGAAAAUGUGAUUGUUGUCGCUUCGAACAAUAAAAAUUAGGAAAAUUUAAAUUCCA